AUGUCAGAUAUAAAGGAUGCAUUGCUGGUGGGCGCAGACAGCAUCAAAAAAACCAUCUUGCAUGGAGGGAUUGGAGAUAUCCCAAAAUUCAUCACUGGGGCAAAGGUGACGUUUCACUUCCGCACUCUGUUGUGUGAUGACGAACGCACCGUGAUAGAUGACAGCAAGGUAGUUGGGAAGCCCAUGGAAAUAGUGAUUGGCAACAUGUUUAAACUGGACAUCUGGGAAACCCUGCUGUCCUCGAUGAGGAUCAAUGAGGUGGCCGAGUUCUGGUGUGACACCACUCACACUGGUGUUUAUCCAUUAGUGUCCAAGAGCAUGAGACGCAUUGCAGAGGGAAAAGACGCGACUGACUGGCACAUCCAUACAUGUGGUAUGGCCAAUAUGUUUGCCUACAGCACCCUUGGGUACGCUGACUUGGAUGAGCUGAUGAAGGAACCAAAGCCCCUCUACUUUGUCCUGGAGCUGAUCAAGGUGCAUCAGCCUAGUGAGUACAACAGGGAAUCGUGGGCUCUGAGCGAUGAGGAGAGGCUGAAGGUUGUGCCUGUGCUGCAUGGUCAGGGGAAUCUGCUGUACAAAGCAGGACGCUACCAAGAGGCCAUGCAAAAAUACAAGGAGGCCCUCAUCUGCAUCAAAAAUGUUCAGACCAAGGAGAAAUCAUGGGAAGUCCCGUGGAUGAAGCUGGAGAAGACGGCCAACACCUUAACACUCAACUACUGCCAGUGUCUUAUGUGUGUGGAGGAGUACUACGAGGUCAUCGAGCACACCAGUGAUAUAAUCAGUCAGCACCCAGGGACAGCAAAGGCCUUCUACCUGCGUGGGAAGGCCCACAUGGAGGUUUGGAAUGAGGCGGAGGCUCGGCAGGACUUCAGCAGGGUGCUGGAUCUCAACCCAGCCAUGAAAAAAACAGUGAAGAGGGACCUGGCUGUGCUUAACAUGCGUAUGGAAGAGAAGAACCAGGAGGAUAGGAACAAGUAUAAGGGCAUGUUUUGA